GCGGCGGGCGGCGGGAGCGGCGGCAGGCGCGGCCAUGGAGCGGCGAGGCGCCGUGCAGAGGAAGGUUCCGUGUUUGUUCGUGACCCGAGUGAAGGAGGAGCCUUCGGCUAAGCGGGAGCGCCAGCCAUUUAAAGUUUUGGCAACUGACACUCUCAGUGGAACAGCUUUAGAGGCAGAUCUGUCCAGUGCCAUUGCUACUGAAAAGGUGGAUGGGACCUGCUGCUAUGUCACUGCCUACAAAGGGAAGCCUUGUCUGUGGGCCAGGCUGGACCGGAGACCUACCAAGCAGGCUGAGAAGAGGUUCAGACGCUCCCUGUAUGCGCUGGACGACUGCAGAGAAUUCCUCUGGAACGUCGAAGAGGACUUUAGGCCUGUGCCAGACACCUGGAUCCCAGCCAAGGACAUCGAGUUCUCUAAUGGCAGCCCUUUGCCUGAUGAGAACGGCCACAUGCCAGGCUGGGUGCCCGUGGAGAAGCACAGCAAGCAGCACUGCUGGCACUGCGCUGCUGUCAGUGAUGAGGCUGGAGUGGCUCUGCUGCUGAGGCCCCACAUAGAGCCAGGCCUGCUGGAGAUCAGCCCUGUGCCCCUGGCAGAGCUGCUGGAGCAGACCCUGGAGCUGAUUGGCACCAACAUCAAUGCCAAUCCAUACGGACUGGGAAGCAAGAAGCAGCCAAUUCACCUUCUUGUGCCACAUGGAGCUUUUGAAAUCCAGAACCCCCCUGCUCUGGCACACAAAGCCUUCCUCUCCUGGUUUGAGGGCUGCAGCGAGGGCAAGGUGGAAGGAAUUGUGUGGCACUGCCAUGAUGGCAGCUUAAUCAAGCUGCAUCGCCACCACCUUGGCCUGCGCUGGCCCCUGGCAGAGCCUCACCUGAGUUCCCAGCCUGUGGUCAUCUCCUUCCACACAACUGAACACCACUUUGACUUUGAACCAAAGAGUUUGUUCCACUGUUUUGCCAAGCUGGAUGGGCAAAGAUUUGACAGACUCCAAGACAUCAAGUUUGAUCCUUGAAACAGUUCUCUGCUAGGUGACCUGUUUGCUGUGCUGCCUUCCUCUCACUUCUGCCUGCCGUGGAACUCUGCAGGAGCUGUCCCAGCCUGGGCAGCAGGCCAGGACCUGUCACACUUUCCUCAGUGACCCAUUUCAUUCUGAGAAGUCCUCUUCUGGCAGCCAUGAGGAUUAGGUCAGGAGACAACCAGGAGGCUAUUGUCUCUCACGGGCUGGUCCUGGUGGCUUAGCUAAGGCUAAAGGCCACUGCUGUCGGCAGAGUCACACCACACUGGCUCCUGGGGGUUCAGGCUGCUGCUCUGCUUAGGUUGAGCAGGAAGGGGCAGCUUGCAGGUGGGACCAGAAACAGUCCUGGGACUGGAUCCGUUUGUUUACAGUUGUAACAAUUCCCUUUGCAGGGAAAGUGUCUCCCUGUGUUAUUUAACCUGCAGCAUUGUGCUGGUACUGGAAAACCUCCUGAGCUGCAGCCCUGCUGCCGUGGGGCACCGAAGGGCAAAGACAGGAACUGCCCCGGUCCUGCUGCGAGAGCCUGCGGAGCAGAGGCAGGAGCUGCACUGGUGCCUGUGUGCAGGCUGCAGCUCGGUGAGCAACCCUCCCCGAGGGCAUGUGAGCUCAGGUGGUGUAGAAACAAUAAAGGUGAGAAUGGACUCUU